UCGAUUCGCUUUUACCGUAUAAAAGGAGGGUCAGGCGUAUACGGCAUUAGAAAUUUAAUGAACCAUUUAAAAGUAAUUUCGUAUGUAAAAACUAGUUAGUUAGUAUCGUCUUUGCAGUUCCCUUUCGGGUUUCAACAGCUAAUAGAUUUUCAUCUUUACCCUUACUAAAGCAUAUUUAAAAUACACGAACACUCGCAACAGUUAAAAUAUUUCAUCGUAUGCGAAAUCUAGAGUCAGAAUUGUACAUUUGUUUUCAGAUGAUGGAAAACGCCUAUUCUCAGCUGAAUGAUUUGAAAAGAAGCGAGGAGAAGCACUGUACCAACGUACGUGAAAAGUGUGAUCGUCUUCACGAACUUUGUAAUGAGUUCAACGAUCAAACGGCGGAUAGUUACAAUGCGAACACAGAAAUGAGGAACGAAUUACGGGAGCAGGUACGAGAGGGUAUAGAACGGAUUGAGAACGAUGUUAUUGUCAGUACGAAACAGAGUGAAGAAAUCGUAGGGCAGAUCAAGGAACAGGGAUUCUCUCUGAUAAAUGAAUUAAGAUCGAGUGUAAACGAGGGAUCUGAAGUUUUGCAGGAGUAUAAGAAUAAAGUUAAUUUGAAUGCCAUUGAAAUUCAAACUCAAAUGAACAAAGAUAGACUUAAAAUUUUGUCAUUGAUGGAG